ACAAAACCACCUACAUCCACGCUCUCUGAUUCCCUUCUCUGUCCUUCAAGAUGGCGAGACAUGCGUACUUUACGCUCCUCUUGAAUGAUGGAUACCUCAAGGGUGCUCAGGUGCUGGCUCAUUCGCUCAGGGAUCUAGGCACGACUUGUGAACUUGUCAUCAUGGUCUCGAGCGCUGUUUCCGAUAGAGCGCUUGCUGGGCUAGUGGAACUGUAUGACGAAGUAAUCGAGGUUCAGCCAAUUUCCAAUCCUUCGACAGACAAUCUUAAUCUGCUCGGUCGCUUGGACUUACUCGCGUCUUUCACCAAGAUUGCGUUAUGGCGGCAGGUGCAAUAUGAAAAGAUUAUCUUUCUCGACGCAGAUACUGUGGUUUUGCAGUCUAUCGAUCAUCUGUUUGACUUGGACGUUCCCUUUGCAGCUGCGCCCGAUAUCGGGUGGCCAGACAUCUUCAACUCUGGUGUCUUUCUUACAAAGCCCUCGAUAGGCAACUACGCUGCCCUUCGUAGACUUGCUGCAAGCGGCGUUUCAUUCGAUGGAGGCGAUCAGGGCCUCCUCAACACUUUCUUUCCACACUACCACCGACUCUCAUUCACAUACAACGUCACGCCGUCAUCAGGCUACCAAUACCUACCGGCUUAUCGCCAUUUCGAAUCCCAAAUCAAGGUCGCUCACUUUAUUGGAACGAUCAAGCCGUGGAACCGAGGAAGGCAGGCUUCUACCCAGCAUGAAGGAGCUUAUGGGGAACUGUUGUCACGUUGGUGGUCAGUCUAUGAGCGUCACUACGCUUCAACUGAUGACGUUGAGCCUGUCAUCCCCAAGAUGCCUCGUCAACGCCCGAGCGCAUCAAGCUUAUCUGCCAUCCGCGAAGAGCUCGAAGCUCCUGAAGGACCGCAUUUCGAAGCACCAGCAGCCGCAUGGGAUGGUAGUAAAGGAUCACCACCCCUCCAUGCAAAGCCUGAAGCAGGGAACUUCAAGAUUGGGAGUUUCAGCAAUACAUGGGAUGACCCAAGUAGACUAGGUGAGCGCUUCGUUCCCCCGCCAACACCAACGAGGAUGCCGAAAUCAGUUCACUUUGAGCCGCCUCAGCCGCCGACUGGUCGUGCGCCUGUGUUCCCUUGGGAGGGAAAGACGGUCGCUGAACGUGUCUUCCCCGAAGACUCGAUCGCACCCCUUCAAGAAGUCUUCCAGCUCGAACCAGAGGAGACCGGAAGCACCAAUGAGGAUGACAAUGGUGAAGAAUGUGAACGUCAGGAAUUCGCCAACUUCCAAGUCAGCAAUGCUUGGGAUCAAGUACAAGAAAUCAAAAACUACGUCGCCUCGUUGCCCUUCUCAAAUCGACCGCGCGCACCGAGCUCAACAUGGGGUAGUGGCUCCAAUACGCCGCGUGAGGCAGAAUUGCCAGAAGGCGCUGAAGCUCAUAGCAGCUUGCCACUCUCGCAAACAAUACCAGGUACACAAACUCGGGAGGCGGCUGAAGAACGACCGGAUUUCUUGCUACAAGAAGUCGCUGGUUUACCCAAACCUCAAGAUUGGAAUCCAGCAAAACAAUUGGAUGAGUUGGCGUCACAUGCUGCUAUGCUGAUGAGAAGUGCAGCUGCCGCAUCGUCAGCUGACAGGCAAGCAGUAACAGCGGCUGCGGGAACUGGUAGCCAAGCAGGCACAGCACCCGUUGGUUCAGGCAGUCAAGCAGGUACGGCGUCUGUUGAAGCAGGCAGCCAGGCAGGCAGUCAAGCAGAGGCCGCAGCGGGCUCAACUGUCAGAUCAUCGACACAGACUGUCCUCGGUGCGGUGAUUGAGGACGACGACGUGGCUGCUUCCACGACGAGGACAGGUGUGAGUGGCAACAGUAGCGGAGCGAACAUUAACAUAUAAAUACAUUUCAGAGUCACCUUUAGACACAUAAAGACAUUUGUAUCAGAGUCUGAAGCAGCAAGAAGAAAGAAAAUA